UUAAUGGCCAAUUUUCGAUCUUAAUUUUGGAGUUAAUUGUUUUCCAAUAGGAAACUCUUUGUAUAUAAAUACCAAGUGACUCUGCUUCAAUGGAUAUCAGUAACUUGUGCUCCGUUGAACCAACAACAACUUCAUCCCAGUAUUACAAUGAAGUUCCUCGUUUUGGCCGUUUUGAUCGCUGUAGCUGUUGCCGACACUGCCUACCCCGAGUACCCAGCCACCUACGACAAACCUUCUUACGAUUACGCUCCUCAGCCGUACAGCUACUCUUACGCUGUUAAGGACGAGGCUUCCUACAACGAUUAUUCCCAUUCAGAGAGCAGUGAUGGAAAGGUGGUGACCGGAUCUUACAGUGUCGCUCUUCCCGAUGGCCGUACUCAAGUUGUGACCUACAAGGCUGACAGCUACGGAUACGUGGCUGAUGUCAAGUACAUUGGCGAAGCGAAAUAUCCCGAGUACAAGCCAUCAUCUUACAGUCCGUCCUAUGACCCUCCUGCUUAUUCCACCGUCUAUCCCGAUUCAACUUACUAACGCAAUUUCUCGAGCUCGAGUGUAAAUUAUUUUCAAAGAUAUUAUCUGCACUUCAAUACACUAUUACUACAUCA